AACCUGGUCCAGAGCGGACUUGUUCACUCGCCUAAGUUGCCAUGGUAGCUCAGCGGGGAUUCAUUUAAGGGACGUUGAUGGAAUGGAACUCCCACUUGUCGAAAUAAGUCGGACUUUCCCUUAAUCCUGCUUCGUGGUAUAGUCUUCCCCCUGGUUGCUUUGUUAAAAGAAUGAAAACGGUGUUCAUUUGCAAUCUUGGGUUACUUUGAAAGAUAGGAGGUCGUGAGUUUUAAUCGGCCUCGCUUGAGUGUAAUAUAUUUAAAUUAAUGAAUAACUAAAUUUGUGAAAAUUAGCGUUUAAUGUGACGUACGUUACAUAUAAGUUCAGGGGGCGACGGAGUUUUAGAGUCCGAGAGUUUUUAUUGUGACAGGUAGCCCCUCCUGUCACCCACUGAGGGGGGCGAUGCGCGCUCUGUUUGUCCUUCGCUGCGUGCCGUCCGGAUUUACGUGGCACUUUCGCUGGGGCUCACGUUUCCUUUCUCAAGGCUCGUCAACGCAAACUCCACCUCUGCAAGUUGAUGCCUCGCCGGAACCUCACGGAUUCGGAGUACCUCUCACCUCCCCAGAGCAGAGUGGGCGAUAAAUAAGAAGAAAUGUACACCUUUUCGGAACUCCUGGUCCUUGCGGCAGUAUUAUCCGCCACUGCUUCUGGGUACUUUGUCAGUAUAGAUGCCCACGCCGAGGAGUGCUUCUUCGAGCGCGUUAACUCGGGCACCAAGAUGGGCCUCAUGUUCGAGGUAGCCGAGGGAGGCUUCCUCGACAUCGAUGUGGAGAUUACAGGACCAGAUGAGAAACAGGUUUAUAAAGGCGACCGAGAGUCCAGUGGGAAGUACUCUGUGGCUGCCCACAUGGAUGGUACGUACAAGUUCUGCUUCAGCAACAAGAUGUCUACCAUGACACCCAAGAUCGUCAUGUUCACCAUUGACAUCGGAGAGGCGCCCAAGGGAGAUGGAAUGGAGACGGAAGGGGGGGGUGACACCUGGGAUGCGCACCAGAACAAGCUGGAGGAGAUGAUCAACGAGCUGGCGGUUGCCAUGACGGCAGUUAAGCACGAGCAGGAGUACAUGGAGGUUCGGGAGAGGAUACACAGAGCGAUCAAUGACAACACAAACAGCAGAGUUGUCCUGUGGUCCUUCUUCGAAGCACUGGUGUUGGUCGCCAUGACCCUGGGACAGAUUUACUACCUGAAGAGGUUUUUUGAAGUGCGGAGGGUCGUUUAAAAGAAGAAAGCAUUUUCCCCCCUUUUGCAUCUGCCCACCCCCCACCGGAGCAUUUCACCGUUUGCCAGGUGCCAGUGGCUGCGAUCUUUAUAUUAAGACUGAAAAUAAGACCCCACUCUCUGAAAAGCCUUCCGUUUUUUCUCCCAUAUCCAUUUGGUUUUGUUUCCCUGUCUGUCUCUUUUGAAGGCAUCAUUUUGACUUUGAAUCCGCCCCCCACAUUCUGUAUUAAAUUCACUUCUAAUUAAUAUCCCAAUUAAUAAUUCAUUUUCAAACUUCACCCUUAGAGAACCUAUUUAUUUGAAUUGGCUUUGUAUGAAACACCAUGGACAGAACCUGUGAUAUGCAGCAGCAAGGAAGCUCUGCAUUUCACCUGUGCUGAUGAAAGUGAGCCCGGGAUUAGCAGCCGAGAUACUAUAACCUGUACAGUAGAGGUUUGGACAUGUUUAUUUGGGUCAGCAGCUUAGCAGUGGGCCUAAAUAUAUGAAUGAGCAUUUAGACUCAUUAGUCUAAUUUUACCAGAUACACAUGUUUUUCUGGGUAUAACCAGCUUAUGGUUUUGUUCAGGAGUCACCUUUCAUGUGGCUUCUGCUAAACAGAAGCCAAAACAUUCUCUGUCCAUUCCUGUGUCCACAGCGGGCAUACAUGAAGUCUGGGGAAGAGUUUUAGUUGUAAAGACUUGGUACUGGUUUUAGAGGAUGUGGUUUAAAAAGCCCGGUUUUAGGAGUGCUGAGGGUGUGUAAAGAGCUUGUGCUACUGUCCCAUAAUUAAGGGGAAAACUAUCGGCAAAAGGGGUUUACAUCCUUAAUAUCUGGGUUAUUCAGUGUGUUCUGUGUUAAUCUUUUUGUUCUUUUUGGGGGAAAAUUAUUGUAACCACAGUUUGUUUUGGACUGCGGUGAGUACUGUUGGUAGUUCAAUGUAAUGGAGAACAGCUAAGCCAAAAUUGUAAAGCAUGAAAGGUGUAGUAAAUUAAACAAAACCUCUUUUUUAAUAGUAUUUUAAGUGUUUUUCCAUGGACAUCUACACACAACACAGAUUUUGGGUAUCAUUUUGGGUAUAUUUACACCUAGAAACGAUAGAUAAAAACUGGAGUUGAGUUCUAUAGUUAUUUGCCAAGUGGGGAAGAUUUUUUUUAACCCUUUAUAUAUUCAUUGUUGAAAUAAAGUAUAAAUUUGUUUUUAGUGAACCUUUCUGGGGUAUUAAUUACACUACAUGAUGAGCAGGUUGAUGUAGGACUGGAACACAAACAUGAACCAGGAGCCAUCACAGAACUGAAAUUUGAUUGGUCCUAUUUCACUGGAGGUAUGGGGCAUUAUGGGUAAACUGACCAGGAGUGUAGUGUAAUCUUUCAGUAUCUGAUAAAGUGGGAGUCUAGGGAUAUGUAUGAUUUCAAGUACUUUUAUUGUAUCCCAACUUAAACAAGCACCUGUUUUUUUUGUUUUUUUUUUACUGCCCGUAAGGUAAUUGGUUAAUUGUAAGUGCCUCAGAUUUGAAGCCCCUGAAAUCCCAUGCUUAUGUUUAUUAAAAUGACACUAUUGACUGUUUAAUAA